AUGGCAUCGGCAUUUCGAGAAGACAACUCCCACUAUGAGCCUACAAGCCCUAGAACCUCCGUGCACGGCGCGAGGGGUGGUGAUGGUGAAGAGACCGCGAAUGCAGCGGAAAGGCCUAGUAACGAUGCCUCCUCGGCUGACCACGUUCAGGAGAAGACGGCAGCAGCAGCUCCUCUCACGAAGAAGCAGAAGGUAAAGCGUCACUGUGGAAAGUUCUGGUGGUGGUACUUGAUAGGGUCUAUCAUUCUUUUGGCAAUUCUUUUACCAAUCUUAUUCUUGGUAAUUGUGCCGGCUAUUGUGCAGCGCAUUCUCGAUAAUCAGGCUAUGCCUGUAUACGGCGGUGCAUUCAUAGCUGUAUCAUCCAAGGAACUCAACGUAUCUAUCACGACGUCUCUGGAUACACCACUGCCAGCGAACAUCGACCCCGUGACACUCUUCAUGUAUAAUGCAGAGACGCCUGAAUUCUCACCUUUCGUCAACAUUACUCUACCACAAAUGCACGUGGACGGCGAGACAGAAAUCAACAUCCCCGGACAGACAGUGGCCAUAACCAACGAGACGGAGCUCAUCUACUGGUUCAGCAACGUCUUCGACAACCCCAAAGUCCAACUAUCUACCCGGGGCGACUCCGUCGUCCGUCUAGGAGCGCUGCACUCGAAUGCGCACAUCCAGAAGACGGUAGAAGUCAGUUCGCUGAACAAGCUAAGCGGCUUCGGAAUCCAGCACAUGCAGCUGAUGAUGCCGGCGGAAGCAAACGGCACCAACAUCCAGGGGACGCUGAACCUACCGAACUGGGGGGCGCUGACCCUGGGCAUCGGCAACCUCUCGCUGAACCUGAUGUCGGGGGACCUGCGGAUCGGGCUGAUCACGGUGUACGACGUGCUGAUCCCGCCGGGCAACAACACGCGGUACUUCAACGGGGAGCUGUACCUGGACGUGGUAUUCCAGAACCUCGGCACGAUCCUGAGCAGCCAGGGGGACGCGCUGAGCGAGGGCAACAUCCAGAUCGACGCGACGGGGAACUCGACGGUCGUGAAUGGAGAGCACAUCCACUUCAUCGAGGCGAUCCUGAACAACCGCCGCGUCACGUCCAUGAUCCCCGUUGUUAAGCUGGUGGGCGACCUUAUUAGUAGUUUUACCAACGGCAGCCAGGUCUCCAUACCAAAUCUCCUGGAUGAUGUCUUUGGUAAUUCGACGCUCAUACAGGAUAUCCUGACACACUGGAACACUACGACUACGGCGGGUGAUAGCACGGCGGCGAAGGGGAAGAGGUCACAGCCGUCGUUAAGGAAAGGGGUGUUGGGGCCGGGGCUGAGCUUACUUAAGCUGGGGAUGAAGAUGGGCAUGGGCAAGUUCUAA